AUGCCCGAACAACCAGCCAAUCCGCAACCCGUGCCCGAUCACGACUCGAUGCUGUCCCGCAAAUUCGGCCGCGAAGUCGCCAACUACUUCUCCGGCUCGCCUCUGAAUCGCGUAGGCUUCUUACGAGGCGACAACAAAUUCCUCACCCUCGCCCUACACCACCCAUCCACCCAGUUCUUACUGUGUAAGGAUCUACAACCGCUCGUCUCGCCCACGCAGAAAGGGAAGCUCCACUAUCUCAAAUAUGCCGACGUCAAGCCGGUCAUUGGGGAGAACCCGUAUGCGACGACGGAGACGGAGAUGAUUGGGAUGUAUAAUUCGAAUACGUAUGUGCCGCAGAUGAUCUUUCUCGGGAUCGAUGAGAAGGCGAAGGAAGGGGUGGAGUACGAGAACAAGAAAAACAUUUACAGAGGCGCGCCGUACUUUGCGGUAGAUGUCACGCCGAAGGGCGGUGUGAAGGAGGCUUGUGAAGAGCUCAUUAAGACGGUAACGGAUAAGGGCAUCGAAUUCUCCAAGGGUAGGGUGAUGGACCUAACGAGUGCACAAGCGGCCAUCUAUGCCGAGGCACGCCAACUCCUCGACUGGAACGCACGCAACCCCUUCUGCGCCGCCUGCGGGCAACCCACACUCUCCGUCAAUGCCGGCUUUAAACGGACGUGCCCGCCUAGAGAUCUUGCACGGACAGCAUCAAAGACAUCCACAGACGAGAACGAGAGACCGCCGUGUGUGACGCGGAAAGGCAUCUCUAACCUCUGCUUCCCGCGUACGGACCCGACUGUUAUCAUGGCCAUCGUGAAUCAUGCCGGGGAUAAGAUCCUCCUUGGCCGACAGUCCCGAUGGCCGCCACACUGGUACAGCACGUUAGCCGGUUUCGCGGAGCCCGCCGAGAGCAUAGAAGAAGCCGUCCGCAGAGAAGUGUACGAAGAAGCGGGCGUGCACGUCGGACGCGUCGUCAUACAUAGUACGCAACCCUGGCCGUACCCGGCCAACCUCAUGAUCGGCGCGGUAGGGCAGAGUAUUCCGGGUGAUGGGGAGAAGAUUGACCUCGGCAAUGAUCCUGAGCUCGACGAUGCGAGAUGGUUCGAUUUUGACGAGGUGAGGGAGGCGUUGAAGGUUGGGACGAGUGGGUUGGGAGAGGAUGCCGGGCCGGGGUACAAGGAGGGUGGGCUGAGAUUACCACCGACUACGGCGAUUGCGAAUCAGUUGAUGACGAGUGUUGUUAAUGGAUUUGUGAGCGGCGGCAUGGAGAAACUGUAGAGAGCGGCUUACUUCUAAUGGUUGUAAAUGUGACUGGUGAAGCCGCUGGGAUUGUAUAUGUUGUACAUAUCGCUGGCUAGUUAGAGAGCUUACAGCCAGACUGUUGGCUGCAUGAAGUGUUAUCGGCUUAGAAUAGCUGUUAGAACCACUGGCGUUCUUGUGACAGAUGGCCCCUUCCGAAGGCUUGACUGUGGUGCAGCUGGCGCUGUACGUAGCAGUCCCUGGCAACGCCGGGAGCAGCAAUUGCGGGUGUAAUGUAGGUCGUCGAACACUUCCAUCUGCCUCGGCGUCAUACCGCUUUGCGGGCGGAUCGUUUCACAUUGUGUCACGCUGCGAGAUGGGAGCCCGGUACUAGCUGGCAUAUCCACAUCGCAUCGGAGCUAGGGAAUCCUGUUCGACCAUUCACGGACCACCCACGCGACUCUUUUGCCGACGAACAGAGAGCUCGUCCUCGAGCGGCGUCCCAGCUUCGAGGAAUCGACAAAGGUCC